GGCAGGGCUGCAGAGGCUCUGGGGUGCCUGCAGCCUGUCGGCCGGCUGGGACUCAGUCCGGGACACUUAUCUCCAGCAGCCGGUCCCUGCCUGCAGCCUGUCGCUCCUCUUCUGCUGGACACUCGGGGGGAGGACACUUGCUGAGUGGCUGAGCCAGCCACAGAAACUGUUGUCCUCCCUCCCUGCGUCCCUGGGACCCCCCAAGCCCCCAGCAUGGAGGAGAGUGGGGACUUCGACAACUACUACGGAGGGGACAACCAGUCGGAGUGUGAGUACGCGGAGUGGAAGUCGUCGGGGGCGCUCAUCCCUGCCAUCUACCUGCUGGUCUUCCUGCUGGGCACCACGGGCAACGGCCUGGUGCUCUGGACCGUGUUCCGGACCAGCCGCGAGAAGCGGCGCUCGGCCGACGUCUUCAUCGCCAGCCUGGCCGUGGCCGACCUGACCUUCGUGGUGACCUUGCCGCUGUGGGCCACCUACACCUACCGAGACUACGACUGGCCCUUCGGCACGUUCGCCUGCAAGCUCAGCAGCUAUCUCAUCUUCGUCAACAUGUACGCCAGCGUCUUCUGCCUCACGGGCCUGAGCUUCGACCGCUACCUGGCCAUCGUGCGGCCCGUGGCCAACGCCCGGCUGCGGCUGCGGGUGAGCGGGGCCGUGGCCACGGCCGUGCUCUGGGUGCUGGCCGCCCUGCUGGCCGUGCCCGUCCUGGUCUUCCGGGCCACCGGCGACCUGGAGAACAGGACCCGGGUGCAGUGCUACAUGGACUACUCCCUGGUGGCCGGCCCCAACUAUGAGUGGGCCUGGGAGGUGGGCCUGGGCGUGUCGUCCACCGCCGUGGGCUUCGUGGUGCCCUUCACCGUCAUGCUCACGUGCUACUUCUUCAUCGCCCAGACCAUCGCUGGCCACUUCCGCAAGGAGCGCAUCGAGGGCCUGCGUAAGCGCCGGCGGCUACUCAGCAUCAUCGUGGUGCUGGUGGUCACCUUCGCCCUCUGCUGGAUGCCCUACCACCUGGUGAAGACCCUCUACAUGCUGGGCAGCCUGCUGCACUGGCCCUGCGACUUCGACCUCUUCCUCAUGAACGUCUUCCCCUACUGCACCUGCAUCAGCUACGUCAACAGCUGUCUCAACCCUUUCCUCUACGCCUUCUUUGACCCCCGCUUCCGCCAGGCCUGCACGUCCAUGCUGUGCUGUGGCCACCGGGGCCGCUGCGGGGCCGUCGCCCACAGCAGCAGCGGAGACAAGUCCGGCAGCUACUCUUCUGGCCACAGCCAGGGUCCCGGGCCCCACGCCGGGAAGGGCAGGGAGCAGACGCAGGAGAAAUCCCUGCCCUACAGCCAAGAGACGUUGGUGGUGGACUAG